UAAACAUUCGAAUAUCGCGGCUCGCCUGCUCGUGUCAAUCUUUUCCUCAAUUUUCCAAACCAGAACAGAUCCCUAAUCUUCUUAAGCCACGAAACGCUAAUUCUUUCGCGAUCAUAACUGUUUUUAACUUUCACUUGUUGAUCGCCACUUCCUUCUCUACUUUCGAUCGAUUUUGUUUUUUGUUACAUUAAUUUUCGUCAUAUUGCUCGUUCCAUCAAGGUGUCUGUAAUCUCGUGUGCAUAGAGGAGAGCGAGAAUAGCUUGAGUUGUGCUGAAUUUGUUAUGGCUUGAGAGUAUGAGAAUUGGACGAUGAACGAUGCCAGUGCUGCGUGGUGGAGCGCGCAGAGGCCGGAGACCGAAAACUGCAGCCACAGCCAAAUACUGACAAUAAUAAUACUAAUAACAAUAACACCAACUAUAAUAAUAUCAACAACGACUAUCAGAGUCCGAUUUUAGGAGAGGCGAUUGCUGCAAGGACCAGGAGGAGGAGAGCGGCAGCUGCGGCAUGGCCGGUGGUACUUACUGUUGAUGAGAACGUUGGUUCGGUGCCACCUGCAGCUGCUGUGCCGACGCCGGCUGAGGGCAGAACCGUAGAGAGGGAGGUUGAGGAGGAAGCGAUUCAAAUUGAACGGAGAGAACAGGGUUACUGAUAAGUACAUGGAUAAAAAAUGAUAGUGGCGCUAAGAGCCCUGAAAGGGGUCCUGCUGACGACGAUGAUGGAAGUGCGGCUCCGAUUCCUGAAAAAGUUCAAGUUGGUGGUUCCCCGUUAUACAAGAUAGAAAGAAAGCUUGGAAAAGGAGGCUUUGGACAAGUCUACGUUGGUCGUCGUAUCUCUGGUGGUAGUGCCGCUGAAAGUAGUGGUCCAGGAGCUUUAGAAGUGGCCUUAAAAUUUGAGCAUAGGAACAGCAAAGGCUGCAACUAUGGACCACCAUAUGAAUGGCAGGUUUACAACACACUUGGUGGAAGUCAUGGUGUACCACGAGUGCACUAUAAGGGCCAACAAGGUGACUAUUAUGUAAUGGUGAUGGAUAUGCUUGGGCCAAGUUUAUGGGAUGUUUGGAAUAAUAACUCUCACGCAAUGUCCAUUGAAAUGGUAGCCUGCAUUGCUAUUGAAGCUAUAUCAAUAUUGGAGAAGUUGCAUCUCAGGGGGUAUGUUCAUGGGGAUGUUAAACCUGAAAACUUCUUGCUUGGACAGCCAGGGACUCCUGAUGAGAAAAAACUAUUUUUAGUAGAUCUUGGCUUAGCAACUAAAUGGCGAGAUGCCACAACUGGCUUGCAUGUUGAUUAUGAUCAGAGACCAGAUGUAUUUAGGGGUACUGUUCGGUAUGCUAGUGUCCAUGCACAUUUAGGCCGAACAGGCAGCAGGAGAGAUGAUUUAGAAUCUCUAGCUUACACACUCAUUUUCCUCCUACGUGGUCGUUUGCCUUGGCAAGGUUAUCAGGGCGAGAACAAGGGAUUUCUUGUCUGUAAAAAGAAGAUGGCUACGUCUCCUGAAGCUUUGUGCUGCUUUUGUCCUCAGCCUUUCAAAUUGUUUGUGGAAUAUGUAGUGAAUUUAAAAUUUGACGAGGAACCAAACUAUGCAAAAUAUAUCUCCCUUUUUGAUGGGAUAGUGGGACCAAAUCCAGAUAUCAGGCCAAUAAACACAGAUGGGGCACAAAAGCUUAUCUAUAUGGUUGGCCAGAAGAGGGGUCGUCUCACUCUUGAAGAUGAAGAUGACCAACAACCCAAAAAGAAGGUGCGCUUGGGGAUGCCUGCUACACAAUGGAUUAGUGUCUACAAUGCUCGCAGACCUAUGAAGCAAAGGUAUCACUACAAUGUGGCUGAUGCACGACUCUCUCAGCACAUAGAUAAAGGAAAUGAAGAUGGUUUGUUUAUAAGUAGUGUCGCGUCUGGCAAUAAUCUAUGGGCAUUAAUCAUGGACGCUGGAACUGGUUUCACUCAGCAAGUAUAUGAGCUGUCACCAUUUUUUCUUCACAAGGAAUGGAUCAUGGAACAUUGGGAAAAGAAUUUUUAUAUCAGUGCUGUUGCUGGAGCUAGUAAUGGGAAUUCAUUGGUGGUAAUGUCAAAAGGCACACAAUAUUUGCAGCAAUCUUACAAAGUGAGCGAAUCUUUUCCUUUUAAGUGGAUAAACAAGAAGUGGAGAGAAGGCUUCUAUGUUACCUCAAUGGCCACUGCUGGCAGUAGAUGGGCAGUAGUCAUGUCUCGUGGUGCUGGAAUUUCAGACCAGGUUGUUGAGUUGGAUUUUCUUUACCCUAGCGAAGGUAUCCACCGGAGAUGGGAAAGUGGAUACCGUAUAACUGCUACUGCUGCAACAUGGGAUCAAGCUGCGUUUGUUUUAAGUGUUCCUAGAAGAAAGCCAACAGAUGAAACACAGGAGACGCUUCGCACUUCUGCUUUUCCAAGUUCUCACGUGAAGGAGAAAUGGGCAAAGAAUCUUUAUAUUGCAUCCGUUUGUUAUGGCCGUACAGUUUCAUAGGUGAGAUGUGCUGAAUUACUACUCCAAGUCUGGAUAAUGUGGGAAAAUGCUAGAAAAAUCACGGGGCGGAGAAAUUUUGUUGUAGUUGGGGUUGUAUUUGUAUUUGUUGUAUCAGAUGUGCAUAGUGUGUGUGUGUGUGUUUUACUCUGCUAUCAUAAAUACCUUCACAAGAUGGUGGGAGGUGAACUCAUUUUCCGGAAUCAGAUUUGUUUAAAAUUCUUAAUUCAUGCAUAAUUAUACAAUUCCGUGCAUUUUAGCAUUUAGGGAUGGACAAUAUGUCUAGUUAUACUUUCAAGUUACUUUAGAUUGGAGCAACUGUUUGCUCUUUGAAGCGUUGUUGUGGAUCUCCCCACUUAUGUA